AUGGCGGGGUCCGGGGGGACGGAGUGGAGCGAAGGUGCUGCGGUAUGGUUCCAGCCGCCAGGGGCCUCCGCCCCAUUGCCCGGCGAGCUCAUAGAAGUGCACCGGGCCGCACGAGUGCUACUUGUCAGUGCCAUCGUCAAUGGACAGCCACAAACUUUCGCUCUUCAAAUGAGCAACGGCGAAGAAGAGGGCGAUCCGGUAUGGCCCCGCGAAGAGUUGGGUCCUACCGGCGUGGACGACAUGACACGUCUUCACGACCUCCACGAGGCCGCUCUGCUGUGGAAUUUAAAGCUCAGAUACGAACAGGGUCUGAUCUACACAUACGCUGGCUCAAUAUUAGUUGCUGUUAAUCCUUAUAGGCCGGUUGACAAUUUGUACGGAUUACAGACAGCUAGACGAUACCACGCAGCGGAGGCACUAGGUGACUUGCCACCACACCUGUUCGCUAUAGCCGCCGCCGCACGCGCAUCCCUACCUCAACCACAAGCCAUACUGAUAUCUGGAGAGUCCGGCGCGGGGAAGACCGAGUCCACGAAGUUAGCUGUCCAGUUUCUCGCGGCAGUCGCUCCUGCUCCACCGGGCAGAGCUCCCGUCUCUGAACAAAUAUUAGAAGCUGCGCCCUUACUUGAAGCUUUCGGGAAUGCGCGCACACCAAAAAAUCACAAUUCUAGUCGCUUCGGAAAAUUGCUUGAAUUAUACUUUAAGGACGGCGCCUUGGCGGGCGCUAGAGUAGCUCAUUAUUUAUUAGAAAAGUCAAGAAUAGUCACACAAUCGCCCGGGGAACGAAAUUAUCAUGUCUUCUAUGAGCUGUUAGCCGGCUUGGAUGAGGAACAGAGGAAGUCUAGGGGACUGUUGUCGGCAGAACACUACUUUUACUUAAAUCAAGGUGGAGAUUCAGCUGGUGCCGGCGCUGGUGCGGAUUGGUCGGCGUUAUGUGGUGCUAUGCAGGUUUUAGGAAUUGGAGAUGCAGAACGUGAAGAUAUAAUUAAAGUACUGGCAGCUGUUUUGCAUUUGGGAAAUGUUUAUUUCCAUAGACGGCAGCUACGCCACGGUCAGGAAGGUGUUCAGUUAGGAGGCGGGGCUGAAGUACGAUGGGCAGCCCAUUUGCUGAAAAUACCAGCGGAAGAACUAGCUAAAGCGCUAACCACAAGAGUGACAGCCGCUCGAGCGGAAAGGAUGAGAUCGCCGCUACCUAUAGACCAGGCGUUAGACGCCAGAGAUGCUUUUGCAAAAGCCCUAUACUCCUCCCUAUUCAACUGGCUCGUGUUACGAAUAAACUCUAUAGUACACAGAGGAGGUUUGCACGACGCUCAUAGAAUAUCUCUACUCGAUAUCUUUGGCUUUGAAGACUUGGAAGAAAACUCAUUCGAGCAACUCUGUAUUAACUACGCGAAUGAAACGUUACAGCAUUACUUUAACAAACAUAUAUUUAAAUUGGAACAGCAAGAAUAUCAAAAAGAGAGACUGGAGUGGUCACAUCUUACAUGGAGUGAUAAUUCUCCAGUUAUUCAAUUGCUAAGCAAAAAGCCAGUGGGUAUACUUCAUCUGCUUGAUGACGAAAGCAAUUUCCCUCGGGCUUCAGACGUAUCUUUUCUUGAAAAAUGUCAUUACAAUCAUGCACUGAAUGAGUUGUACUCGCGACCACGGUUGGGGGCUAAUGAGUUUGGGGUCAAACAUUACGCCGGCCAAGUAUGGUAUAAUGUGGAAGGAUUUUUAGACAAAAACCGAGACGCUCUACGCGGUGAUGUACUGGAACUCCUGUGUAGCAGUGAAGUACCGCUUGUGGCAGAAAUGUCAGCGCAACUGCGAGCUCAUCAUGAUGCAAAUAAGACGUUACCGAGAGGUGCUAACGGGAGAUUCGUUACUAUGAAACCAAGAACACCUACUGUAGCAGCCAGGUUUUCAGACAGUCUCCAACAAUUACUUGAAUCGAUGUCUCGCUGCAAUCCGUGGUUUGUGCGCUGCAUCAAGCCAAAUUCUGAGAAGUCACCGAUGAAAUUCGACAUGCCUUGUGUACUUGCUCAACUGCGUUAUACCGGAAUGUUGGACACAAUCAAGAUUCGUCAAAUGGGUUACCCUAUACGUAUACCCUUCCAGCUGUUUGUGGAGAGAUACAGAUACUUGCUGAAGUCUAUGCCUACACGUUCAACUCCGUAUCGAGAAAUCUGCAACUCUAUAUUAGCUGAAAUGCCUCCUACGGGCGCUGUGGGUGCAGACUUCCAGCUAGGCGCGGCACGUGUUUUCAUACGCGAAGCACUACAUCGAGCGUUAGAACGAGCGAGAGCAGACAAACUACGAGCUGCUGCAACCAAGCUGCAAUCGCAUAUAAGAGGAUUCUUAGCUAGAAAACGAUACCACCAAAAGCGCCACUCAGCUGUUCGCAUCCAAGCUUGGUGGAAAGGCUCACGGGAUCGAAGAACCUACCUCACAGCACGUCGGGGUAUGGUGAAGGCACAGGCUUUAGUCAGAGGUCGUCAGGCAAGAAAACGAGUCUCUGCCAUGAAAGAGCAAAUGAGAAGACGCUUGGAAGCACAACAGGCAGCCGCCAAACGUCGUGCUGCCGAGCAGAAGGCUAAAGCAGAGAGUCUUCAAGUACUUGAAGUGCCAGCAGAACUUGCAUUUAUCUUGUCUAAAAUCGACGAAUGGCAGCCGCCACAUACUGACAGAAAUAUUACUAAGAUAUCUGAUGUAUAUUGCGAGGAAGAACGAAUACAGUUGCCGAAAGACUUGCAGCAGUUCGCAUUUAAUAAGUUCAGUUCAGUGUAUUUCGCGGAUGGAGGACAACUCAGCCCGAGGAAGCAUCCAAUAACUAAACCAUUUUUGUCUAAAGCUGCAGUUAGAGAUCAAGACUUCAACGAUGCUGUAGCUGUUUUCAAGUUGAUAUUAAGAUGGUGCGAUGAAACGUCUUCCGGUAACGAGACCAGGCAAAAGAUGAUAGCAGAUUACAUAGCGUCUCGCGGGAUAAAUUCUCGGGGUCUCCGCGAUGAGCUCUUGGUACAAUUAUGUAACCAAGCCAGCGACCGCAACGGCGUCUCCCGGGUGUUGCCACUAAUAGGGCAUUGCCUAGCCACUUUCCAGCCAGGGGCGGCUCUACACAAAUACUUGGUUCGAUUCAUAUCUGAACACUGGGAGGGCGCUGAAAAAGCGCGAGUGCUUCGUCUAGCUUGUGGAAGUGAAGCUAAUUCAGCACGGGCAAGUGGCUUGGCACGCCGAGCACCGCCCACGCUACUCGAGUGGAAAGCAGCCGCCGAGCACGCUCGACCAGCAUUAGCUCUUCAUUUACCAACUGAUCGUGUGGAAAAAGUGUGUGUAGAAGCUUGGACUACGUGCGAGCGGGCUGCGGCUGCAGCGCUAGCAGCAGCAGGCGUUGCCCACGACGCCACUGGUUGGUCUCUUACUAUGGAACAUAAUGGACAACUCACAGAAUGGGCUGGAUGUGAAUACAUACUGGAUGCUGUGGGUGAAAUGGAGACAUUCUCGUCAGUAUGUGCGGGACGAUCUUCACCUUUGAGGGCGUCUACACCGCGUACUCCUCCACCCCACUCUCAUGCGCAGGUUGAGCUGCCGCGCGAACGUACUCACUCCACUCCACGGCAAACUCCUCCUGCACCACCACCUAGAGCCUCGUCUAUUGAUACCGAGAGGCAACACCGACCACAAGUGCCGCCUCCAGAACCACCAAAAUCUCGUUCGCCCAGUAUCCAAAGAAUUCUCCAAGAAUCUAUAGACGAGAACAUAUCUGAAUACAACUGGAAAAUGGAGGAACCGCGUAAACACAACGAAUAUUCAAGGAAAGUAUCCCAUGACAUCUUAUCCAGAGAAUCUGCGCUAAACGAACGUUACUUUGAGCAACAGUCCGAGAAAGUCAGGAGUCGAUCACUUGACAAUCUCCUAGGAGAUAAUCCUGUACCACAACCAUCAAAAUUGACGGACUUAGGAUUGUCUCAAUCCCGCUUAAAUGACAGAUAUCACUCGGUUGAGAGAUUGGGAGCACCGAGUGUUACCAGCAGUAAAGGAGGAGAUGACUAUGGGACUAAUUCGCGGGUGUUGCCAUCUCGGUACAUAAAAUCCCAGUAUGCUGGAAAACGAGCACCGGCUGGUUCGCAGUCUAGCCGUGCGUACAUUGAGAAGAGCUCGGAGUUUGGUGGUGUCAGGUCUUCGGCAAUGUCAGACACCUCAGAAGCCCCGAGCUUAGCCUCCCACGUACGUCGAGUCCGCGUGCCAAGUCAAGCGUCCGAUGUUGACCAGUUUCUUGAUGAUUUAUUUUCACCUGUUCUUGACCCUAACAUCGAUGAAUUGUCAGAUGCGAGGUCUCUGGCUGCCAGUAUCAAAGGUGGCAAAGAUUAUGACAAAUUUAUAGAUAACAUUCUCACUUGCUCCUACAAUGAGCAGUUAGAUAUCCUUAAUUCGGAAGACAAAUUGGAACGUGCUAUUAAAGGCGGUGGAAAGGAGGAAAAGCAACCGAGCCGAAAAGAAUCUAACGUGGACUCUGUUGAUGAUUAUAUCACUAACCUUUUUGAUCCAAUAUUCUUGAACGACAGUUUGAAGAGGCUGAAUGAUGGAGAAAGUUUAUCAGGUGCAAUCAAGGGUGGAGGGGCUACUCCUAGAUCUGCUGCAGCCAAUACAUCAGCACUGAGCUAUGGAGCUAUUUCUAUGCCUCCAUCGAUGCCGGCUAUGCCAGCCACACCGGAAGCAUUAGCCGCGGCUUUGGGGCUUCAUUUGCCACCACCUGGCACUGUAGAUAUUAAUGCUUAUCACCAAAACCUUCAGAGAGCAUUUUUACAAAAUGCAAUGGCACAAAACUUGCAAAUACAACAGCAAUUACUUGCACAAAACCAAGCAUUACAAACUUUACUGGCAGGGCAGGUAGUAGAAACUGAAUCUGCGCCAACAUCUCCUAUUCGAUCUUCUACAGUUGUGCAUGCUCAAGUUCAUUCACCACCAAGAAAUUCUGUAAAAACUAGAAGAGUAUCUAACGAGAGUGUCUCCGGUGGAGCACCUCCACCACCACCGCCACCAAUGCCUCCCCCAUUACACGAAAUGGAUCCAUCUGAAGCGCGACCUUUUCUAGAUCCCUACGGUCGGGCGAAAACAGUUCGAAUCGGAAAAUGGAGGUGGCCCCCGCCAAAAGAUGCUGUACCACAGGAUACAUCUCAAGACUUUACAAAGUUUAAAAUGCGACAAAUUCAAAGGAAACACACCCCACAAGCACAGACGAAUGGCGAACACCACGUAGAACCUCCGAGAGGAAGAUCAAGAUCAGAAGCCUCGCCUAAUAUUGAAUGGGAGGAAUUCGAAGUAGAUGGACAAAUUCCAACAGCACGGGAACCUCCUUCACAGAGAACUGCGCGACGCAGUUUCGAAAUAGGUGCUCAAAGGCCGUCUCCAGGAAGCGUUGGAAAAUUAAAACUAAGUUCAGAAAUGAGACAGCGUUUGGAACGCGUUACCGCCAAUCAUUCGGUACGUAGUUCGUCUUCUGCAGCAGAAACGCCCCGAACUGUAAAUAAACUGGAAGAUACUAGAAAAUUAAUGCUCGAAAGACAAUUAGGCGGUGCUGGACGUUGGGAUGCUCCACCGCCACCGCUUCCUCCUGCGCCACCAGGACCCGCGCCUCCACCACCUAAAUCACCGCCAUCACCUCCAGAUAACCCAGCACCGCCUCCUCCUUCCACAGAAUCAUCAUCGACAUUUGCGCAGCUUAGACGCGACAGAGACACUUUCGGCGUUCACCAAAAUCGAGAUGCAGAUGAUCGUCACAACUUCUUAGCAAAUUGGAGCUCACGGAGAAAAGAUGAAAACGAAUCACAAGUCGAAGACCUAGCCUCAAGGUUCCUUACAUCAGACCGUCGAGAGAAACGACGCGAUGAUUGGGGAGAUGAAUCUGAAACUAGAAGCUACGAUGACAAGGGAAGGGAUGAAUGGGAUUCUGAAAUGGGUGACAGACGAAAUCAUGAUAACUUUUCCGGGAGGGACGCUUCUGAGAUUUACGAAAUGUCACCGAUGCGAGCAGAAAGAAAAGAUGAUACCUUUGAUCGUGGUAUGUAUGACGAUUUCGAACGUUAUGAUGGUAGGAAGAACUCUCGCGAAAUGCUCAUGGGAAGAACGAGAGAUAGUCCCCGUUCAGAUGUGGUCUUUCCACCGGACAAUGGAGAUAGCUUAAAAAGAAAUGAUCGACCGACAUUUAAGACACAUAUGGCACAAAAAGAGAGGGAUAGAAAGUUAGAGGCAGAAAGAAGACAGUCUGUGUCAACACACGUGACAGAUAAGACUGAACACCUAGAACACGUACCGGCUCCAGCCGCAUUUCUGCCUGCAUCGGAUCGCAAUUUCCUUACAUAUCAUCGCGUGCCGUGGAAGCUACGCGUCCGCAAGGAAGUGUUUUCACCGUUGGAGACAUACAGUGAACCUGCCAUAUUAGACUUAUUAUAUGCACAGAUUGUCAGCGACAUAACAUCGAAUCUUCCGUCGCUGCGAAUCAGUAUUGCUGAACGACGAGCUGGUAACACUUGGCUGCGAUCACAAAACGGGCCUGUACGAGCGGCCACAAAGAGGCAAGCAGUUGACAUGGCCCGAGAGUGGCCGUUUUAUUUUGCAAGAUUAUAUUCUGCUAGAAUUCAGCCAGGAGAGAACGCUGUCCUUGCUGUGUCACAUAACGGAGUUACAAUUGGCGUCAAGGGUCCCAGUGGUCUUGUAACCCGUCGCUCGCUCUCGUUAUCUGGUCUCCGCGCGUCAUCACCAGCGCCUGGUACUUUGCAGCUGUCACCAUCGCGGGACGCCCCCAUCACCUUGCAUGUACCUCUCGCACAAAAUGCGCAAUCGCUGAUAGCAGAGUUUGUGCUACAGUAUUCACAGAUACAACCAAAACCAACUACAAAUGGAACAACAAACGUAAAAGAUAGAAUACCGGAACGUGAAACAAGAGAAAGAGACACAAGGGAAACAAGAGAAUUGAGAGAAUCCAGGGAAUCGAGAGAAUCAAGGGAGUCUCGAGAGACACGAGAAAUUAGAGCAGCAAGGGAGAGUCGAGAAGAAGAAAUAGACCGCCGAGCAAGUCCACCCCGCGACAG